UUUCCUAUCAUUUGGCCGUAAAGAAGUUUUCAUCGGUGCAGUUGAUUAACAAUCGCUUGCACUAGUUGCAAAAGUUUACGCAAGAUAGUGUGAAAGAGUCGUGUGCCAUUUCAUUUUAGCAGAUCGUCUUUUCCUGGAUGCGAAUAAAAUUGGCGUUCUACAUCGUCACAAUGCAUAUGACUAUUUAUUAAAUAGCCAGCCAAAGUGUUCCAAUCAAAUCUUGAUUUGUUGCGGUACGCUUGCAAGCGGGGUUAUGCUAUCGGAGUUCCAAGAAUAGGACACGCGGCAAUCAUUGAUUGAUUAGAAAUCAAUUGCCUACACGAAGGGCCAACUUUGCUUCAACAUCACAAGAGAUAAUUGCGGAGGAGAACUGUCUGGAAAGAAAUCGAAACACCGCAAUGCAAGAUGGCAUCACGGCUCGGCAUGGAGCAACAAUGCACGGCGGUAAUCCUUCCGCCUGUGGCAACGGAAACAUUCACAACGGAGAAAGCACAGCGGCGGUGGCGGCACAGCAACGCUACACUACGACCUACAGUUCCGCCAAGCAGUCGCCGGCCUCCUCGUCGCCGGUAAAGAAAAGCCCAUCGUCGGCACCAUCAUCUCCAUCACAUCACUUCCAUAGUAGCAUAGGUUCCAACGGUGCUGGCUGUAAUGGCGAAUUCAAGCUUUGCGGUUACGAGGGUGGCAACGAAGAGUCGAUCGCUGUUAAUGGCACUUUAAUUUCCGGCAGCGGAACAUCUCCGGCAGAGUUUUUUGGAGCGCUUGGGUUCUGGUUGAAACUCCGGCACGAUCUAACCAAUGUGCCCUGGGAGCAGCUCCGGGCUGUUCGGAUGAAAAAUCCUCGUGCCGCCCCAGGUUGUGCCUACAUUCCCACCGAGAUUGAACACAUUGCAAACGUCAUGACGCAUGGCGCGUGGGUGCUACCCUCGAUGUAUGCUGGAGUGAAUUUGGUUUGGCGCAGUAACAACGGUGCCCAAACGCUCGCGGCAAUCAUCUAUGGUGUUGCUCUGGCAAUGCUGUUCUUCGUGUCAACCAUCUUUCACUGUGUGUUCUACUGCAACCGGAAUCGACCGCUAAAAGAUGUGCUCCACCGGUGCGACAGAGCUAUGAUCUACAUUUUCAUAGCCGGCUCGUACUAUCCGUGGCUAAGUUUGGGCCACACGUCUCAUCCAGAGAUUGUGUCCGUGGUAAAGUGGUGCGUUUGGUUGAUGGCCAUCUUGGGAAUCGUUUAUCAACAGAUGUUUCACGAACGAUACAAGUGUUUGGAGACCUUGUUCUAUAUCAUUAUCGGGCUCGGUCCGUCGCUGGUGAUAAUCUUUUGGGGGCAUGAGUUUACCGGAAUGCCUGAGCUAAAAUUUGGCGGGUUGCUCUACAUCAUCGGAAUUGUAUUCUUCAAAUCUGACGGUCUCUUCCCUUUCGCACAUGCGAUUUGGCAUUUAUUUGUAGUGUUUGCUGCCGGCGUGCACUACUUUGCUAUUCUGACUCAUCUCUAUCCCAUUGAGGAGGUUAGCAAUACUUAGAGAAAACCAGUGAUAUUGUUAUUGAUCACCAAAAAAACUAAAAGAAAAACCGAAAGGAUAGGUUGUAAAAGUGUUAAGAAGGUUAGGUUAUUUUAUAGUUUCGUCCUUCCAGAACAAGUCUUUGAUCUCUGUUUCAAGAGAACAUUGCAUUUUGUUUGAAUACAAUUUAGAAAGUUACUUUUGAGUAUUGUAGCAUCUCAAACCAUAACCAACUAGGCAAUAAUGCCUACUCAUAGAAAUCCAUAAGAAAGGAAAAAAGUCUGUUACCGCAAAACAUCCCUGCAAAGCUCGAAUACACACACAUACACCUUUCGUGAUUAAAGCCAAACGAAAAAAAAACUUUACUUUGUGAUAUUGAUUUUUCUUGUUAAGGUAUUUUGAGUUAGUCUGUAGUUAGAAUGAUUUAUGAAAGUGAAAUCGUGCGUUUUCGUGAAAAGAAAACUACAUUGAAGUCCAAAAUUGUCAGGAAUUGAAAGUUAGCGAAUGAUUCAGAACUUUUGCAAUCAUCCAUGACAGAAAAAAACUAAAUACUCAUACAAAUAAGCAUCCACAGAAUGCUGUAGCCUAUUAGGACGAAUGUCAGACAAAAAAAGAAAGUUAAAUACUCCUAAACAUACACAAAAACUUACACAAGUAGCAGCCGUUAGUAUCCACCUAGUGAUUUAGAAUAUAGCAAAAUGUUCGAACAAACAAAAACUCAAUUAUGAAACUGUACCACCUUGAUAUAUACCUACUAUCAUAUAAUGAAAACAUGUUUUGCAUGUCAAUUUCUACAACAACGCAGUCUUGCCGUUAGAUACAGAUAGGCAGGCAGGAAUUUGCAGUAAAUUGUGUCCGUGUAUGCUUUUAGAAAGUAGAUGUUUGGUGAUUUUUUCGCUGAUACGUUUGUCCCAAAUGAUAAAAAUUAUUUCAUGUUGGUGAUCAUUACUGUUAUCAAUUAUUGGUUUAUUAUUUUGGUUGAAAACUCUUGAAAUCUUUUUCCUCGUGGAUCGAUUUCCGGUCAAGUUGGGAUCUUUUAACCCUCCGUUACUCGCGCUGUUGUAUUUUGUACAACGCCUGUAAACCGUUAACUUUAUCUCGGUAUAUCUCGGGAUUCCAGCAAUAAAGAAAAUUACUGCUUUCAGCAAAGAAGAUCCGCAGACCAAGAUCUUUCAAACGGUGGAAAAAAUUUCAUAAGUUUGUCUCCAAGUGGCAUUAAUAUUCGAGUGAACGAAGGUAACGAAAGGUUAAGGCUGUAAAUUUUCUCGAUUGGCAUUGGAAGGCUACACACCGAAACCUAAGCAAAGCAAAGCCAUGGGUAUAAACGUCCUUAAGAACUUGAUCCUUCUUUAUCGACAGGCGUCGCAGCCUGUUAUUAGAGGACAGGAAAACUAAAGGGCUAGUGCGAAAAUCCCAUAUUCCCAUUGACCCUAUAGCGACACCGCCCAGUCGAAAUUCGAACGUCGUAUGUUCUGGCUUGUUAGGCCAGCCGGAGCUAACUGGACGGGCAAUCUGACAUGUGUAAAGAUGAGAGGAACGAAACCUGGUCUCAAACGAGCAGCUAAAGAUUAAAGAGCCGCUAGAAAGAACCGACAUCCAGUAGAAUUCUAGAACAAUAGGACUUCAUUGGAUAAUUUCUCGGAUUUGGGCAAAGGAAAAAUUAGUGGAGGAAUCGGUGAUUAGUCCCAUCUACAGUCGACUUGAUUCCUAAUCACCGCGGCAUUACGCUGGUCAGCGCCGCCUUCAAGGUACUCUCCUAGACGUCUGACUACGCCGCCUAUACCCAUUAGCAAGAGAAUUCGUAGCAUAAUAUCUGGUGACCUUUAUAGUAACCUGUGCAACCACGGAUCAAAUUUUCACACCCCGACAGAUCCUUAAGAAAUAUCGGAAAUCUGACGAAUUAUAUUAUAUUUUAAAGUAUUUCAAAGCAGCAUACGAUACAGUCGAACUGUACUAGCUACGGCAGAUAACGCACGAGUUCGGAUUUCCGAAUUGAUAGACGUGGCUGAUCAAAGCUACUCUAGAACAAGAGAUGUGCUGUGUUUUGCAGACGACUUCGACAUUAUUAUUAUAAUAAUGGGACGACGAAGGUAAUCCACUCUAGACUUAAAGUGAAGAAUUGUUUUACGCUAAAUAUAGAGCAAGUGGGGCACGGGCUCCAGCAUGGACUCAUCAGUGGAUUUGAAAUUAGACAUAAAAUCCGACUUAAAAUUUAAAUAAAAAUUAGACUUGAGUUUGGGUUUCAAAUCAGACAUAAAAGUGGUUUUGAAACGGGAGUGGAAUUAGAACUAAAUUAUGACUUAAACACUAGAACUGAAACUAGCUUAGGUAGAGCGCCCGUAGUUGCACUUGGUUGCACAUGAUUGGCCCAAACCAGUAAUAUUGCACAAAGAAGUAAUUGAAUGGUGCUAGGGAAAACUAAAAUUAGAAUUAAAUUGGACUGUCAAGUCGAAGCUAAAAACACAAAAUUAUGAAAGUCAAAAGUAAGAAGUCCUAAUCGAACAGUUAAUUCUCAAGAGCCAAAAGGCGAAAGUCAAACAUCAAAAGUCACAAGUAAAAUGUUAAAGGAUAGAAAUUAAAAUUGAAAUCAGAAAUGUCCGAAGAUAAAAGUCAAAAGUUUAU